GACAUUUCGGCGACAAACUCUGAUUGUCAGUCACCAGCGAACACGUUGUCAUUUAUGUAUGUGCUUGUGCGGGAUAGAGGAGAGCUCGAAAGCGCGUGGAAUUGUUCUAAACGAAAAUAACGGGUAAUAUAAACGCGGCGGAUGGAUACACGAAGAGCUUGUGUCAAGUGGUGUACAUUUGAGUGAAACAUACAAUCGGUUCGCAGCAGUCUUGACGUGUUGUGUUUGUUGAAAACAGCAAGUGAUUGUUACGGAUAUACGUUGACCACGUUGUUGCGUACUCCACACCGCGGACCCUGGGCUGUCGACGGGGGGAGACAGGUACGAUGCCAGGGUCGGAGCUGCUGGUCGGGACGGCGGUCCUGUGGGUGUUGGCGAGUUUGACGGUGGGAGGGGUGGAUUCCAUGUCGUUCGAUCACAACGUCCACAACGCGAAAUGCGAGCCCAUCACCAUACCCAUGUGUCUGGACAUGCGAUACAACCUCACUCGGAUGCCCAACCUGGUCGGGCACACGAACCAGAAGGACGCCGCGAUUCAGGUACACGAGUUUCUACCGCUCGUCCAGAUCGGAUGUUCUCGUCUGCUAAAGUUUUUUCUGUGUUCGCUGUACGCCCCGAUGUGCACGGAACUUGUCGAAGAGACCCUGAUCAUCCCGGCGUGUCGAUCCAUGUGCCUGGAGGUGAAAUCGAAGUGCGCCCCUAUUCUCGCCAGGUUCAGUUUCCCGUGGCCCGACAUUCUCUCGUGCGAAAAGCUACCCGAGAGAAGCGACCCGACAAGCAACCUGUGCAUGGAAGCGCCGAACGUCACCGACGAACCAGACUUCGACGCUGGGACGCACCGCCACGAAAAUCUGGACGACAUGAACCCUGAGUUAAAAAAGAUAUUCGAGUCGCUUACGAAAUCGACGACCGAAACGUCCAGGUACGACAUCAAGCACAAGACCGACGUGAACAACGUCUGCCCCGUGCGCUUCGUGCACGUGGACAAGCUGCAGAAGAACAACUCGUGCGCGCCGCGCUGCGACGUGGACGUCUAUUUCCGCCAGGAGGACAAGGUGUUCGCCGAGGUCUGGAUGAUCGUGUGGGCCUCGCUGUGCGGCCUGUCGACAACCAUCACCGUCCUCACCUUCGUGAUCGACACCUCCAGGUUCAAGUACCCGGAGAGGCCCAUCAUAUUCUUGUCCAUGUGCUACGCCAUCUACUCAAUGGCGUUCGUGAUCCGGGCCGUGAUCGGGCCCGACGCCAUCUCGUGCGACAGGGGCCGCGACGGCAGGAAGUUCCUCAUCCAGGAAGGGCUGGAGAGCACGUGGUGCAUCAUCGUCUUCCUCAUCCUCUACUUCUUCGGCAUGGCCAGCUCCAUCUGGUGGGUGAUCCUCACCGUGACAUGGUUCCUGGCGGCGGGCAGGAAGUGGGGGCAGGAGGCCAUAGAAGCUUUAAGCAGUUACUUCCACCUGGCCGCCUGGGCCAUCCCGGCCAUCAAGACUAUCAUCAUCCUCACGAUGAGGAGGGUAGACGGGGACGAGCUCACGGGGCUAUGCUACGUGGGCAACCAGGACAUCGCGGCGCAGACGGGGUUCGUCCUCGCGCCCCUCAUUGUGUACCUCAUCGUGGGCACCGCCUUCAUACUGGCCGGUUUCGUGGCCCUCUUUCGUAUUAGGAACAACUUAAAACAGGACGGAACGAAUAUUCGAAAACUCGAGAAACUAAUGGCCAAGAUAGGUGUUUUUUCCGUGUUGUACACAGUGCCGGCCACGUGCGUGAUCGGUUGUUUGUUUUACGAAAGGAUUAACUUCGACCAGUGGAGGACUCAGGCCAUGAUGCGGCCGUGCCACAGUCGGAACGACUGUACGCUGGAGCAUUCUAUUCCCACCGUGGAGGUGUACAUGCUGAAGAUCUUCAUGUCGCUCGUGGUGGGCAUCACCAGCGGCAUGUGGAUCUGGAGUACCAAGACAGCCGCCUCGUGGAGACAGUUUUUCUCUAGUCGAUUUUCUAGAAGAAAGUCGAAAUACAGUGCAAACUAUCACCAGGCACCAGUGAUUGUUAUGAAGCAACAGACAGGGCAGAAAUGCGCGCCCAAAGUUGCCGGUUCCAGGGUAUAAGUUAAAACUAAUCACACCUCUUCUGUUUGUUUUUUGUUUUUUUUCUCUGAUGUUUCUGUUACGGAAUAUUGCGAACAGUUUUGACUGGCAAUUUUAAAAACAAAACAAAUAGUCAGCUCUUGUGUUUUCUCUUUGUUUCUGUUACGGAUAUUACAGAAAAUUUUGAAUGGCAAUAUUAUAGGAAAUUUUGAAUGGCAGUCUGAACCAAAAUAAUCUUAUUUUCUGUUUUCUUUACAUUUCUGUUACGGAUAUCACAGAAAUUGUUGACUGAUAAUUUGAAAGAAGUCAUCUACUUUAUCUUUCUUUUAAGUUGACAAAUAAUUUUAAAGAAAUUACCUAUUUUAUGGUUCUUUACAUUUCUGUUACGGGACAUCGCAGAAAUCGUCGAAUUGAUAAUUUGAAAGAAAUCAUCUGUUUUAGGUUUCUUUGUUUCUGUUACAGGAUAUCAUAGCAAUUUAGUCACUGGCAAUUUGAAAGAAAUCAUCUGUUUUAAGUUUCUUUGCUUUCUAUUUCGGGAUAUCACCGAAGUUUAGUCACUGACAAUUUGAAAGUAAUCAGUCGCAAGUGCUCCUUUAAAUUAUACGUUGCAGUAUAAGCCAUCUUUUUGAGUUGUUGAUAGUAUAUUUGUUACACCGCGAGUGUAUAUUAUGUUCGAUAUGGGAGAAACUUGAUUGACCUUGUUUCCAGUGACGGUGAACAGGCUGGCACGAUACACUUGAUAAACAGACGGUGUUUCAAACUUGAAACGAGUAUCUGGCCAGCGUGAGGAAUGAAUGAAUGUUUGCUUUUUUAUGUGUUCAAGUUUGGAAUAUUCUUCUCUUUUUUUGACAUUUGAAAUAAGAUAAAAUUACUAUAUUU